AUUCGCCAUUUUUACUUUAGUGAAGGGACUGUGGAUUUUUAAUUGUCAGGCUGGAGGACGAAGAAUAUUUUGAAAAAAGUGUGUCAUUUCAUUUAAUUUACAGUAGCUGUGACUAUUAUUUGGAAGAAUUUUAGUAUAAUAGUGUGGUUUUAUUUAUUACUAACGUUUGUAUGUAGUGCUAUUUCCCCAUCGUAAGAUUUGCUCGUUGGUGUGUCGCUUUAGCUAAUUCGAUGGCUAUGAUAUUGAAGUGUUAAUCUAACGAGUCGCUUCGACGUUCUCCGCACGGGAUAAUAUCGACAAAGCGAGCGACGCCGUUAGAAAUGAGCAGGCCUCAAGGCGGACGCAUACAAGUCCCAGAUGACCUUAGAGAGAUUCUCUUGGAGUUCACCAUAAGUUAUCUGCUGGAGCAACCGGGUGACGUGAUCAACUACGCGGUGGAAUUCUUCACGAGGUUACAAAACAAUAGGACCACGACCAUAGUGCGGGCCCCCGCCGCCGGCACGCCUGAUGAAUCUAUAAUAUCGGAUGAAGAAGAGCCGCCGCCGGCGCGCUUCAACAACCGUCGCAAGUCUGUCUUCGCGGAGACCUACGACCCGGAGGAAGAUGACUCGGACGAGGGUGCCCCGGUCGUAUUCCCCAAGUCGGACGCGCAGCGCGCUCGGCUCGCCGAGGCGGUGCGGGGGAUCCUGCUGUUCCGCUCGCUCGACGCGCAACAGAUGCAACAGGUCCUCGACGCAAUGUUCGAGAAACGGUCGGAGCCGGGCGAGUACGUGAUCAGGCAGGGCGACGACGGCGACAACUUCUACGUGAUCGAAAACGGCAUGUUCGAUGUGCUCGUCAAUGGAGAGGAUGGCGUUGAGAAGGUGGUGCACACGUACGAAGGCUCGGGGUCGUUCGGCGAACUGGCGCUCAUGUACAACAUGCCUCGCGCGGCGUCCGUCCGCGCGCAGACCCCCGGCGCGCUCUGGGCCAUGGACCGCCACACCUUCCGCCGCAUCCUGCUCAAGAGCGCCUUCAAAAAGCGCAAGCUCUACGAGGAGCUGCUCGACAAAGUGCCCAUGCUUAAAGCUCUCCAGCCGUACGAGCGCGCCAACCUGGCCGACGCGCUGCUGCCGCGCACGCUGAUCGACGGCGAGAUGAUCAUCCGGCAGGGCGACACCGCCGACGGCAUGUACUUCGUGGAGGACGGCUCCGUCAGCAUCCGCAUCGCGCGCGACGACGGCAACGAGCACGAGAUCAAGCGCCUCGGCAAGGGCGGCUACUUCGGCGAGCUGGCGCUGGUGACCCACAAGCCGCGCGCCGCCUCCGCCUACGCCGUGGGGCCCGUCAAGCUUGCAUUCCUGGACGUGGAGACGUUCGAGCGGCUGCUGGGCCCGUGCAUGGAGAUCAUGAAGCGCAACAUCGACGACUACGAGGAGCAGCUGGUGAAGCUGUUCGGCGACAAGUCCAACCUCACCGACGUGCGAUGAACGCGCCAAGCCGCCCCUUCCAAACCGAACACACCGUAAUCUUGCAUCCCUUACCCACACCCUCCCUCGAGAUCACGCUGUCCCUGUCCCCCGUCCCUGCUUGACGCAGGUCAGGUCCGGUACCGAGACGGGCUGCUCCUUCUUCCACUGGUCGUUAAUCUUUUAUAUUAGUAAGCCUCUUAUCCUUUCCGCGUUCGUAAGGAAGAUAGCGUGAUCUCGAUACAUUUUGAAGAGUCCGUUUUGUGCUCAUCGAGCUCGCUUGACGCUUGUGUAAUAAUUUAUAUUUUCGCUUAACCGCUACUAAUGUUCGUUGGGACGAGGUACAAAAUUUGAUAGCAAAAUAUACUUUGAUUUGUUAAAAAAAUCAGUGCCAUGUUGAUUGAGUAAUUUAAUAAUGUAUCGUGGUAUAAUAGAUUACGAGUUGAAUGGAAGGGGAGACGACGAACAGACGAGCGCUCAACGAUAUUGCAUUGAUACAAAAAUACGCUUAUUUUAGAUAGAGAACUGCCUUAGUAGCUAUGUAAAUUUAAGGAACAGUCGCGAGCGGCAGGACCAGGGCGGUCGCAAGAAACUCACUGGCGAAGGAUACUGUCCAGUCAAAUGUUCCAGUGAACUGAUUAAUCAACAAUAUCAUCGAUCUAACUUAUAAUGACCAAAAAUCGUUUUAAGAUUUUAUUUCAAGCAUUGCUCACGUUAAUGUGCCAUAAAAUUUAUGUGACCUUUGGUAUUGGGUUGGUAUUAAAAUUGUAACUAGAUUAAAGUACACUUUGUCAGUGUUUUCGACGACCGCCGACUAGCGAAGAGAUCAGACUGUGACGGGGACAAGGCAAUAGUGUAAUAUUGUAUCGAGGGUAUAUUGGACGAUUGACGUUGGCAAUGCAAUACUUUUCGGCGCUCGAUCGUGUCUCAACUAAAGUUGCGAUUUUAUCUACAGCUGUCGCAGUUUUUUAUUAAUAUUUAAGAUAUUUUCACUGACACGGGCUUUUCUGGAUAUACCUGUAGGUAAAGUAACUAGUAUAAUUUUAUUCGUGAUUAGAUCAAAUCUACUCACAUACUAUAUUUAUUUAUGUUAUCUCUGUUAAUGUAUUCUACUACUUUUGUGUAGUGUAUGUAUAUUGAGAACGUAUAUCGCGUGGUUCGGAUAUUGAAUGCCAAAUUAAAGUAGUGACACGUGUGUAAUUGUUACGGAAAAUGCGAAUUUAAAAGUAUCACUUGGGCUAUUCAAUAUUGUAAAGUGAGAGGUCACUGGACCCGUAGCGAUCGGAAGUCGUGGUCGUAUCAGAACUAUAUUUUAUUUUACAAACAUGAACAUAAUAUUAUAUUAUUUGUAAAAAGAUCGUGAAGGGAGAUAAUUAUUUUUGUGUUCAGUUUUGUGUUGAGGUUUUUUGUAGUAGCGAGUUCCUAUUGUUUUGUUUUGCUCAUUAACAUUUUACGUGAAAGAUCUGAGGUAUGUCAACUGGACCGAGGCUCGGUUGCUGACACAGGAGAAUGCAAAUGUCGCCUUGCGAAUAAGAAAUAUAUUGAUGAAUCAAGACGAACGCUAAACACGACCACGUGUCGUGCGCGGCGUGGCCGCGGCAGCACAAGUAACCCUCAGGUAAAAUUCCAGUAUUAUAAAUUAAAAUUAGAAAAUUGUACAACCUUAUUUCUAAAUCCAGCCAAAGUAGUGGAAUGCGUAAAGAUCAUCAUGUGUGUAGCACUAAAUUUUAAUAAUUAAGUCUAUGUUUACGUAGCUGUUAGUUUGGUCACUUAUUAUUGUAAUUAAAUAUCGGUAGACUAGGUGAACGAGCAUAGACGUUAAAUCCUGAGGGGCGAGGAUGUGCCGGUUUGAUGCCAUGUGCUAAAUGUACAAAUUUAUUUCUGCUGCCAUAGAAGAUUGAUUAUGUUGUUUUAUUUAAUUGAAGAAUUUACUAAUGAAUUAUAAUGUUAAUAAUUUUAUUUUGAUUGUUAGAUAAUCAUAUUAGCUAUUUUCAGAGCUUUUAUAUUAAAUUUGUCGAUAAGAUUUUUUAAAUUGCGUCUCUGUCCCGUGCUUUUAGCUUUCGUUAACUGGUCUGUCAUCAUUUGAACUUGUUUCGAUAUAGCUUUAUACAUUCCCAUGUUGCUGUUUGACAUAGUAUGAUUAUAAUAUUUAUAAUGCAAUAUUUUAUUUAGUUUUUAUUGUUACAAUUUUAAUUUAUUUGUUCAUCAAUAUGAUCAAUGAAGAGGGCAAAAUUCUCACUUCAAGUGCCUAUUUUCAUACAAACAACAAUCAGGAAACAACAAGCCUUUCUCACUAACAACUAAAUGUUAAUCUCGUGUUUUGACUUCUUAAACUGCCUUUUUCUAUGUGAAAUGUGUUGUGAGAUAUGUGUAUUAAGUGCCAUCAGAUAUAACUACUGACCAAUUCUUUUAAUAAGUACAAUAAUCCAAUUUGUACCCUUGUUCUCAUACUGAGAUUUUCAUCGAUAGACAUGACAAACAUUUAUACAUGGUUGUAUAAACCGUGCAUAAAAUACUUUUAUAUGACAGUUUGAUUGUACGUAGUCCCGGAGUAUUAAAAGUUUCGGUCUUUAGUAGCUCCAGUGGAUCGUGCGCGUGUGUGAGUGUGACGGCACUGAGUUCCCUUCUGUGGUACAUUACGAUGUUUGAUAUUCCCGUGUACCGUGUAUAACGUUGUGUUUGUUACCUGUACAGGUGGGCGUUGCGUCACGACAUGUGUCUGUGUGUCCCCGGUGUAUCAGACCCAGUAGCUGUUAAUUAAUAGUAUUGUGCAAUAACUAAUUACUGUCAUUUAUCUAUGUCGUUUUACAUCAAUAUCAUGUGUUACAUUUUAUGUCAGUGUGGAAUUUAUUUAUAGAUUUUAAUAAAUCAUAGUAUACUUAAGAUAUAAAUCUUUCUCUUUAUACUGAUGUCUAAAACGCGCAUUCUUAUUAGCAUCGCAUCAGUGUACUAAAUGUACAAAAUAGCUACGAGUGAAUAUUCGGUUUCUUGGAGAUUUGAAUCCAAUAUAAUGGGCUCGCAGUACAUAUGGAUUACUUGCACAAAUACAACUGGACGAAUGGAGAUGUCUCGAUUCUGUUGUCUUCCACGGGACGCGCAGAGGACGGCCGCGUCUCCGAGCCGGUCGCCGAUCUCCGGCAUUCUAAUGUUAAAUUGGAAUUAAAUACGCUUAACCGUAGCGUAAUUUUUAUAAAUUACUAGUCAUUGGUGUCUAAUGUAGAUUUGUAACCUGACAGCACGUUGAAAUUUGGAGCCUAUUCCAUAUCUUCACAUUAGCUGUAAGUUGUCAUACCUGUUCCAUGAAAGUAAAGCAUAUCAGCGCGGCGCUCGCCGUCUCCUCAUGUUUAAAUAUUAUUGCACCACAUACGGUAGCCAGUUGAAAACUAGUGCCGCUUUUCCCACGUCAUGAGCUUACCCUGUACAUUUAUAAAAAUUAUGUAUCGUAAAAUGUUAGAAAACUGGAUUAUAUUUGUUUGUAGAUCUAAAA